CCCCCCCCCCCCCCCCCCCCCCCCCCCCCCCCCCCCCCCCCCCCCCCCCCCCCCCCCCCCCCCCCCCCACCCCCCCCCCCCCCCCCCCCCCCCCCCCCCCCCCCCCCCCACCCCCCCCCCCCCCCCCCCCCCCCCCCCCCCCCCCCCCCCCCCCCCCCCCCCCCCCCCCCCCCCCCCCCCCCCCCCCCCCCCCCCCCCCCCCCCCCCCCCCCCCCCCCCCCCCCCCCCCCCCCCCCCCCCCCCCCCCCCCCCCCCCCCCCCCCCCCCCCCCCCCCCCCCCCCCCCCCCCCCCCCCCCCCCCCCCCCCCCCCCCCCCCCCCCCCCCCCCCCCCCCCCCCCCCCCCCCCCCCCCCCCCCCCCCCCCCCCCCCCCCCCCCCCCCCCCCCCCCCCCCCCCCCCCCCCCCCCCCCCCCCCCCCCCCCCCCCCCAACCCCCCACCCCCCCCCCCCCCCCCCACCCCCCAACCCCCCCCCCCCCCCCCCCCCCCCCCCCCCCCCCCCCCCCCCCCCCCCCCCCCCCCCCCCCCCCCCCCCCCCCAACCCCCCAAAACCCCCCCCCCCCCCCCCCCCCCCCCAACCCCCCCCCCCCCCCCCCCCCCCCCCCCCCCCCCCCCCCCCCCCCCCCCCCCCCCCCCCCCCCACCCCCCCCCCCCCCCCCCCCCCCCCCCCCCCCCCCCCCCCCCCCCCCCCCCCCCCCCCCCCCCCCCCCCCCCCCCCCCCCCCCCCCCCCCCCCCCCCCCCCCCCCCCCCCCCCCCCCCCCCCCCCCCCCCCCCCCCCCCCCCCCCCCCCCCCCCCCCCCACCCCCCCCCC